AUUGGUCCUUCGAGCCGGAAAGACGUCGAUAGGAAUCCGUCUAUCCGGCCCUUUCGUACUUUCAACGUAAUUGUGGAACAAUAUCGUUGGCUCUACUUACGCGGCUUCAUUGCGUAAUAGGACAAUAGACUACAUUCAUCGCAUUGUGAUUCCCUCACAAAGGCUUCACCAUAAUACAAUUGGAAGGAUCAUCGUACGCCAAAUACUGUUCACAAGGAUAAUUGAAUCAAUAUUCAAGGCAUUCCGUUUGCCUUGAGAAGGUAAUUAGCGUUCCUUUUCAAUAAUUUUUCCUGUCCGUUCUGCGUGGUCUUUCGCUUGCAGAUCAUUUCGCUUUAUUCCACGAUGGCGACGAGAGCUGAACGUAAGCUUCGGGGAUUGAAGAAUCGUAAACGCAGUAUACUGGCAUCGUUUGCGUGCAUCACAGAAUUCGCCGACAAUUUCCAAGCAGAAUAUGAUGCACUGGAACUUCCGGUUCGUUUAGACAACCUAGCUGCAUUAUGGACGGAGUUUAACUCAGUGCAGUCCGAAUUGGAGGUUUUGGAAGACGUGGAUGAAGUAAUGGAUGCGUAUCUGAAGGAUCGCACCGAGUUCGACAGAUGCUAUUACCGCACUAAAGGAUCUCAUUUCGGAGGACUUUGGGAGGCAGCAAUUAAUUCAGCACAGAAGCACUUCGUUCGUGUUCUGGGCGAGAGGAAACUCGCAUUCGACGACAUGGAAACUCAGAUAGAGUGUUACUUAAAUUCUCGGCCAUUAACAAAGCUGACCGAUGACCCAUCGGACUUCCAACCCCUUACGCCUGGCCAUUUCCUGGUUGGCACGUCACUGAAAUCUGUUCCAGAUUGCAACUACGAGAACAUAUCGAUUAAUCGUCUUCAUCAGUGGCAACAAGUUCGGAAGUUGUUCCAUGACAUUUGGAAACGUUGGCAAUCAGAAUAUUUGUCAUCCCUUCAGCCUCGAACAAAAUGGUGCAAGCCACCUAUUGAACUUCAAAGGAACCAACUUGUUCUGAUAAUGAACGAAAAUGCGCCACCAAUGCGAUGGCCAACCGCACGCAUAAUUGAGCUACAUCCUGGAAAGGACGGAGUAGUGCGUGUCGUCACACUGAAGACAUCAAAUGGAAUUCUCACUCGUCCCGUGGCAAAAAUUUGUAUAUUACCGAUAGAAACACCCUCUGGCAACCCUGCAAAAUAGCUGAGCAACGAACAAAUGAAUGUAACAUCAUCAUCAUCAUCAAUUUUUUAUACAAUUAAUACAACGCCCUCUAUCUAGAGGGUCCAGGUGAGAACCUCUCCAAUAAUUAUUUUUCUCAAAAAUAGGCUACUGGUUUUUAUUUUACAUGUGAACGAGUCUACAAGAGGAGCAGCUCCAACGCACCAACAUUCUCGGGAGGAAGUCAUCUUCAGAAAUGGUUAUUUCUGCCGGGGCCAGGAUGUUCGUAAACUCAAAACUCCUACAUCUGCAUUGCAUCCACGAACCACAACUUUCCACUUCACCCUAUCAUGGAUCAAGCUCAUACUCGCCGUUAAACGGUUGACCAGUGAUAGUGGUGCGCUUAGGAGGCUGCGAGUAGAUUAUCUCGGAGAGGACCCUUCAGUGCACGAUCAACUAUUAUC